AUGAUCCGGACGGUCUUUUCCCAUCACACGGACCCAGGGAAUCCCCCAGCCCCUCGUCAGCGCGGCGGGCACCAGGUCUACCCGCAGCGCGGCGGGCACCAGGUGUGGCAGUGCGUGGGCCGCGUGGAGCGCAUGGAGCUGUGCUGCUGCGUGGACGCGCUGGCGGGGCUGCUUCCCCGCCGCCCCCGGGCCCGCGGCGAGUGCGAGGUGCCCGCGCGGGCCGUGCUGGAGAGCGUCGCCGUGCGGGUGCUGGGCGGCUGCCAGCUCGCCGUGCGGCUCCUGGAGUGCUGCGCCAAGGCCUUCCUCCUGUYGGUCCAGCACCUCUGCUCGGAGGAGUUCAUCCUGCUCAACACGGUGGCGGCGGCGCUGCUCAGCCGCCUACGGAUGCAGCACCGGGAGGUGCUGCAGAGCCUCGUUUCCUUAUACGAGGCGCUGUGGGCGUUGCUGGACCUCGUGUCAAAGACGCAGCAGACGCCCUACAUCGAGGGGUUCACCUUCCCUUCCGACAUCGGUGACUUCCUYGGAGCUUCCGUCUCUGCUGAGCUGAAGAAGAUGUCCAGAACUCCCAGAGCCACCAAAGCUGCCGGCUGGCUGAAGAAGCUCUUCCCAACAGCGCCAGAGGCCCAGGGAGAUGUCGUGACCCACACAAGCGUUGUGGAAGACAGGAGCCUCCUGGGCCCCACAGACAUCGGGGAGCCGGUUGUGGCUGCUGGAGCCAGCAGAGGGAAGCACCGUGGGCUUGAUGUGAAGAGCUUGCUCAGACCAUCCUGGCACCCAGCCCAAGAGGAUAUCAGCACCACGCCARCUCCUUCUMAAGYCAAGUYAKUGGCACGUUGCUCUGGCGCGGCCAAGUCCCCGCGUAUCCGCUCUCUCGUGCGGACGCUUCAGGGAGCCGCCUCCUUCGGGGAGCUCUCGGGAGCGCUCCGAAGGGCUGUUCUGUGGUGCAAGGGCCACAGGCUCAGAGCAGCAGCUUAUUUUCUGCRUAGCAAGUUACUGAAAAGCAACYGGCUGCACCACGUGGAGACUCAGGGAUGCAGCUUGCAGAGAAAGCUUUGCUGUGUCAAAACAUCCGUCUGCAAAUUCCUCCUCCGUGGCCCUCAAAGCGCCCGCGGGCCAAGGCCGCGCCGCAGGACAAGGCUCUGCCAAGGAAGGAUCGGGCGGUCCAGGCGGUCUCAGGAGACUCCCAAGGCUGUCCAGCGGAAACCUCCUGGGCAUCUUGGAGGUUCUUCCUUCUUCCCACCAGUUUUCCACGCUGCUUCUGUGGGUCCUGAAGGACGUGCCGAUGCCGACAGAGCCGCUGGAGAAGGAGGCAAAGUGGGGUCCCCUCCGCAGCUGCUGCCGGGAGCAAAGCCCGGCUCCGUGCUGAAGGAGGCUGCAGAGAACAUGGAUAUUGACUCCAUCUUUGCAGCAAUGGGUGUCUGAUKUGGGYUGCAACCAGGAAAGGGUCAGGCUGGACCAGGAAAGUCAUUCUGAGCUUGU